AAUGGUAUAAAAAUGUGAGUUAAGCUUCCAAAAUUUAUACCAAAUCUGCAUUGGAAAAGACAGUAUAGCAAGAGUGGAAGACAGGAAUUGUGAGUUCGACGCUGAAAAGAUGAAUUUUAAAAUCGUCGCAGUUUUUUGCCUCCUUUUUGCUUUAAAUUUGGUCACAGCAUAUGACUCUAAUGAUAAAGUGCAUUAUCAGUUAGAUGACAAUGUUGCAGAUGAAAAUGAUCAGUUAGAUGACAAUGUUGCAGAUGAAAAUGAUGAGCUUGAUGACAAUGUCAAAGAAGAAAAUGAGGAAUUAAAUGAAAAUGACGAAGUCAGUCAAACUGAUAUAAAACCAGCUGAAAGUGAUGUCGCUGAUGAGAAGAGCAUUCAAAGUGACAUUACAGAUCUUGCUCAACGUGAUGCAGAAGCUUUACAUAAGAAAAAAGGAUUUUGUCAUUGGGGAAUUAAAGCUUGGUACAAACCUGGAGUUCAGAUUCGUUGUAAAUGUAUGAAAUGUACAUGUCGACCAAAAGGAAUUUGGGACUGUAAAUAUAAUUUUGCUUACUGUCCUUACUAUUAUUGUGGUAACGAAAUCUUCAAUCCAGAUAAACAGAUAUGUUGUUGUGGCAAAGUUUACAACAAGAGAAGAUCCUACCAAUGCUGUGGUUACUUUUACUAUAAUACUCGUUAUUCUAAAUGUUGUAAACACGACACUGUUAAACCAAAGAAAAUUGCUUGUCCACGUCACAAAAUUUAAGAAGCUGAUCCUUCCCAUUUCAUCUUAUCUUUUUCAGUAAUGCAAGUUAGAUACAAAUAUCUGACAUUUUGUUAAUGAGUAGUUUUUAGAAAUGAUUUAUACUGAAUGUAUUUUGUGCAAAUUUUGAAAACAUUUAAUUAAAUAAAGUGUUAAAACACAAA